GUCAGGGAGGCGCUCCCACCACCGCCGGUGCCAGCACCGUCACCACCACUGUCAUGCGUUGACCAGUUGUCGAACUGCGUGGACUGGAAAGCCGGCGGCUAUUGUGAUCCCAAAUACUUCGCUGGAGACUUAUCCGUCCGUGACUACUGGUGCCGCAAGUCGUGUGGAGUCUGCAUCGCGCCUCCUAAUGCACCAUUUCCACCGCCUGUUCCCGGAGAUGCCCUAAUCGGCGGCUGUGCCGACCCUGCCGCCGCCCUGCUGCUGCACAACCAGUACCGUGCACGGCACGGGUCGCCGGCCCUGGGCUGGAACAACACCCUCGCACAGCAAGCAAAGGACUGGGCCUCUUACCUGGCGCUCAACAACAGCUGCCGUUUGGUCAGUGGAGGAGUCGGCGGUGAGAUUCUGUUCACUAUCUCGACCUUCAGCCAGACAUCUCCCCUAAACUGCAGUAUGGCAGUGAAAGCAUGGUACGACAAGAAUGUGCUGUACAAGUUUACAAGCACUCCGUACACGGACAACAGAGGUCAAACCUCAGAGAUCGGGGCCUUCACUCAAGUCGUGUGGGCUUCGACGGCUCAAGUCGGCUGUGGUGCAGCGCGGGGCACGAACUGUUAUGUGGUUAGUUGCCGGUACGCACCACCGGGAAACAUUAUUGGAGAUAGCUACUAUCUGGCGAACGUCUUUCCCCCCGUCACCAACCGCCGAUCACUUGAAGUGGACUUCGCUUCUGUUGACGACGUACUGCCAACCAGCGGUGACAGCGAUGGAGGGGUGGUCAUUACGUCCGUCGCUUAA